AAUUUCCCAUUGAAAAUUAGCAAGAGCAAAAAAAAAUCCCACUAAAACCGCCAAUAAUGGAUAUGUUACACUCAAACUUACAUUAUUUUUUAUGUAUCAAAUCUCAAUGUUUAGGGUUUUCAGCGUAGUAGAUUUGCGGCUGCACUCCCUGACUCAGAGGCAUUAGAAGUUUCCAUCAAUGGGUGUUUUGGGCGAAAAUCUUCUUGCUCUACCCCCGUUACCUGAAACCCUAGAUUCGGAUGAAAAGAUCAACACUGAUUCGGUGGAUGCUACAGCAGAUGUUCCGAAAGCCUUAAAGCCUCAUCCACCGCCUCUGGUUUUAGAGAACGGCCUCACUCACAGUGGUACGAGUACUGGUACUGAUAGGGAUUGCUCUGGUGGUGAAGAAGAGUCUCUUAUGCUUGGGAUUAGUAACUGUGAUCAAACUCCGGAGGCCAAGCGACUCUGUCUUAAUAAUCAAGGUGCAGCAGAGGAAAUAAAUAGAUUUUGCCUGAUUCCAGAACAUGUUGUUGAGCAAAUUUUAUUGAGUUUGGAUGCUGACUCUUUAAGAGAUUGUAAGCACGUUUGUAAGACCUGGUUUCAUCUGAUUAGUGACCCCUCAUUCAUAAACAAACACCUUGACCUUGUUUGUAAUCGCAAAAAUGCCAAGAUGAUCUCCAUUAUCGGGUACAAUAUUUUUUCAACAGUUACUGUUUGUGAGGGCGAUGAUGGUAACACCGUGGACAACGAUGACUACUUUUGUUGUGUUAUCGAACAAGUGAAAACUCCUCUGAAAGUAUAA